AGUGAGAGAGAAAAACAAAACUAUGGCUAAGACAACUCUUAAACCAGUUUAUUCCCUUGCAAUAUUUUUCUUGCUCAUCCUUCUUGCAAGUGCAGAUGAGUUUUUUCGUUGUAUAUAUAAUUACAAAAGGUUUCUUUAACUGAAUCUCGAUUGCUUUAAUGUGUAUCAUUAUUCAGAGGAAACGACAAACUUGGACGCAGCUGCAAAUUUUGACUUCUUUUACUUGGUCAUGCAAUGGCCUCCGGCCACAUGCAGUGGACUUCUUGCACCAGCAUGCAAUAGGCCAAUCAUAUCCUACAACUUCACGUUGCAUGGCUUGUGGCCAGAAAAUAACAGUGGAUCGAGUCCAGCUGCUUGCCAAUCGGUGCCAUUUGAUAUCAGUAAGUUGACUAAAGCUGGUAUUAUCAACGACCUAAACAAAUAUUGGCCAAAUCUUUUAUUAGGACAAAAGAAUCAAAUAUUUUGGAAACAUGAAUGGCAGAAGCACGGUACCUGCUCUCAGUGGGAUUUGGUGGAUUACUUUAAGGAAUCCAUCAAACUAGCUGAAACAUUAAAUCUUCUGAAAAUACUUGAAUCUUCAGGUAUAAAACCGGAUGAUCAACUACAUAGAAUUGUUGACAUAAAAAAAGCCUUCAAAGCACAUCAACUAGAACCCCUGAUUAAGUGCAACACUAAAAACAAAAGUGAUAGCUAUCAAUUGCAUGAGAUUCGAUUGUGCGUCAAUAAAGUUGGAAUGCAUUUCGAAAAAUGUCAACGAAGGGCUGACAUGGGAUGUGGAGGUUUACAACAAAUCAUCUUUCCUUCUGCGCAAUCCGCAACUCCAAGUCCUCCACCUCCACCUCCAAAAGUUCUCAGAAGAACCUCCUCAUCUCCCAAGUUUUAAAAAAUAAAGUCCAUUGUAACAUUUUAUAACGACAUUCUUAUCAAAUGUCAAUUGCAUGGAAUAAAAGUACUUGCAAUACUAGCUAA